AUGCUGUGGAAGAUAGGUGGCCCAGGGCUUGUGUUCUCUAUGUGGUUCUACCCUAACUCUCUGGCCUGGAGAACUUCUAGGCCUCAGCUCUCUCCCUGUACAGCAAAAGCAGCAGCUGGCUUAACCUGAGGACCUGGGGUAGAGCAGGAUGCUGGAUGCCCAAAGUGGCCUCCACACUGGCAACACCCAGUCGGUGGGCUCUUGCCGGGGUGGGGACAGCCGAUGCCCAAACAGUCAUACAAUGAAUCACCGCGGCUCUCAUGCCUUGUGUUCUUACUUAGGUGCUCAGGGAGCCCCAGGAACCACUUCCGGGAAAGAGGGUGGGCCGCAAGGGUCUCUGCCGGCUCUGCAUCAUGGUGAGGAAUGUAGACGACCUGGACUUCCAUCUGCAGACACAUGCCCAAGACACGCUGGAUGGCCUGCAGCGUCUCCGCUCCCUGCCCAAGCUGGCCGACGUCACACUGCUGGUGGGUGAGCGGGAGCUGCCCUGUCACCGCAGCCUCCUGGCACUGAGUAGCCCCUACUUCCACGCCAUGUUUGCCGGGGACUUUGCUGAAAGCUUCUCGGCGCGUGUGGAGCUUCGAGACGUAGAGCCGGCCGCGGUGGGGCAGCUGGUCGACUUCGUGUACACGGGCCGGCUCACUAUCACUCAGGCUAACGUGGAGGCACUGACCCGCACCGCGUCACGCCUUCACUUCCCCACCGUCCAGAAGGUCUGUGGCCGAUACCUCCAGCAGCAGUUAGACGCCACCAACUGCCUGGGCAUCUGCGAGUUUGGGGAACAGCAGGGGCUGUUGGGCGUGGCCGCCAAAGCCUGGGCCUUCUUGCGGGAGAACUUUGAGGCGGUGGCCCAAGAGGACGAGUUCCUGCAGCUGCCCAGAGACCGGCUGGCCACCUGUCUGGCCAGUGACCUGCUGCAGGUGCAGCCCGAGCAGAGCCGGCUGGAGGCCCUGCUGCGCUGGGUGCGCCAUGACCCUCAGGAACGGGCUGCCCACCUGCCUGAGCUCCUCAGCCUGGUGCACUUGGAUGCUGUGCCAAGGCCCUGCGUGCAACAGUUGCUGGCCACAGAGCCACUGAUCCAGGAGUCAGAAGCGUGUCAGGAAGCCCUGUCCCAGGGUCACAGUGCGGAGCUUCCUGGUCUCCUGCAGAAGAUGCAAGAGGUGCUGGUGGUCGUAGGAGGGCGAGCCCUGGAGGAGGACGAAGAGGGUGGUGAGGAACCCAGCCCCCACACUGGGAACUUCGCCUUCUACAACACUAAGGCCAGGCAGUGGAUGGCGCUCCCGGACUUCCCCGAUUACCACAAAUGGGGCUUCUCCCUGGCAGCACUCAACAAUGAUGUCUAUGUCACAGGUGGCUCCCGGGGCACCAAAACAGACACCUGGUCGACCACCCACGCCUGGUGCUUCCCGCUGAAGGAAGCUACCUGGAAGCCUGUGGCGCCCAUGCUGAAGGCCCGCACCAACCACGCCAGCACAGCGCUGAAUGGAGAGAUAUACGCCAUUGGCGGCACCGCUCUGGAUGCAGUAGAGGUGGAGUGCUAUGACCCCUACACGGACAGCUGGACUCCCGUCAGCCCGGCCCUCAAGUACGUCAGCAACUUCUCGGCUGCCAGCUGCCAGGGCCGCCUCUACCUGGUGGGGUCCAGCGCCUGCAAGUACAACAUGCUGGCUCUCCAGUGCUACAGCCCCGUGACAGAUGCGUGGAGUGUGAUUGCCUCGCCUUUCCUGCCCAAGUACCUGUCCUCUCCACGCUGCGCCGCCCUCAAUGGAGCCCUGUAUCUCAUCGGCGACAACACUAAGAAGGUUUACGUGUACGACCCGGGGGCCAACCUGUGGCAGAAGGUACAGUCUCAGCACAGCCUGCAUGAGAACGGAGCGCUGGUGCCCCUGGGUGAUGCGCUCUACGUGACAGGCGGCCGCUGGCAAGGCAUGGAUGGCAAUUACCAUGUGGAGAUGGAGGCCUACGACACUGUGAGGGAUGCCUGGGCCCGCCACGGCUCCCUACCCCGUCUCUGGCUCUACCAUGGGGCCUCUACUAUCUUUCUGGACGUCUCCAAGUGGACACAGCCCUUCAGCCCCAGUGCCUCUCAGGAGCAGUAGGGAGGGAGGAGCCCCGGUCGGUGCUUCAUUGUCCUGCAGAAAGGCUCCUCUUCCGCUUCACUUCUACUCACUGUGAGCUGCUGCCCCUCCAGGGCUGGGCUCGCUAUCAGAUGACAUCGCUCAGCUACUAAACUUCGCCACCAACGGUAAGGGCGAGACCCCGAUAUCACAUGGUGGGGAGAGAGCUCUGCUGUCCCUGAAGACCCCAGAGAAAGAAGCUGAGGGGCUCUGGACUGCACCCUCAGAGCAAACAGAUCUACCGCGUCCUCUCUCCCCUCUUUCCUCAGAUUUCACGUUUAUCCCACACGGGGUGGCUGGAUGACAGCCAGGGGCUCUCCCCAUCCCUAGCCUCUGCAUGUUGGUACUGUUUACAUAUGUGUUUGUGGCAUGAAGGUGGCUCUGCCCUGCCAUGGCUACCUCUGACACUAGGAAGGCAGCCCCUGAGAAGACACUAGGAAGGCAGGGGGAUGUGGUACAGGGCAGGAGACUGAGACAGUCGAGGAUCCUCUAGUGGUUCUCAACCUUCCUAAUGCUGUGACUCUUUGAAACAAUUCCUCAUGUUGUGGUGACCCCUGACCAUAAAACUGUUUUCAUUGUUACUUCCUAACUGUAAUUUUACUACUGUUAUGACUGUAAAUAUCAUAUAAUAUGCAGGAUAUCUGAUACACUCAGAUAUCUGAUAUGCAGAGUAUCUGAUACCUGAUCCCUCACCCUGGUCUUCAGGGACUUCUGGGGGUGGGCCUUGGGUGUGUCAGAAGCUUGCUUCCAGUGGUCUGCUGGGAUGGGUGAAGCUAACAUUUGAGAAGGCUUCCUGCCAGUCAUGAUAUGGUUUGGAGUGGCUCAGACCUUGGUCUCACUGAGGUGGAGUGUGGCUCGGUCCCUCCCUUCCUCCCUUCCUCCCUCAUUUACACAUGUUGUUCUUUCUCCUCAUCCUCUCCUCCAUACAAGGCAUUAGCUUUGUAACCAGACAGACAAUAAAGGACUCUCACUGUGUGUGACCGGCACUUUCUGUCUGUCAUAGACUGGUGAGGGUCUAGACUGCAGGUUGGGAGUUGGUCUGGCUAACACCAGCUGCCGUCCCACUGAGGCCUUGAGUGGCCACCAGCUCCCAGU